AACAUUGAUUGAACGUUUUGAAUGUACACUGUGCAGUUGUUCUUCAAGACCUCACAUGACGGAAGUGCUGAAAAAGAACCAUUUUGGUGAUCUGACCUCAUUCACCGGAAGUGUCGAGAAACAGACUCGGGCUGCCCCACAAGAGGGAAAAAAAUUGAAAAAAAAAUUGAGGGAAAAAAAUCGGCGAAUCUGAGGGUUCGGGCGGAUUUGGACGAAGUUUCCGAACUGUCCCGGCCCGAGGGAGACCCAGGGUUAAGAGAGAGUCACCAGCACCGAAAUAAUGGAAGAUUCCCAUUUCAACUCAUCAUACUUUUGGUCUCCCGUUCCCACAGUGCAAGGACAGAUUGAGAACGCCAUGUUCCUGAACAAGAUGAAGGAGCAGCUGGGUCAGGAGAAGGUGGCGGCGGCUGCGGCGGCCUCCUUCCCCCACGCCUCGUCCGCCCACUACCCCGCUGCCGUGCUCACCGUGCCCGGCUCCGUGGCCAUGGACGCCGGGGCUGCCCUGGGCCGGGGCCCCAAGCAGGAAGGAGGAGGUGGUGGGGGAGGUGGAGGAGGAGGAGGAGGAGGGAGCUCUCAGAUGGGAGCACACCUGCACCCGCCCCACACCUCCCAGAACAUCACCGUGGUGCCCGUGCCCUCCACCGGCAUCAUGACGGCAGCGGGGCUAGUGAUCACCACUCCCCAAGGUACGCUGCUCUCCCCUGCUGCCUCCUCCCAAUCUUUUGUUUCGGGAUCCCCCGUCACUACCAUGAUAGUGUCCACACUACACCCCUCAAACGCAGACGCCAGCCGGCCUCCCUCCCUCUACCUCCACAGCCAGUACAAGAAAGAGAAUGGCAGCAUCCCCCCGGCCGUCGUCAUGCCGACACCCUCCAAGCGGGGGCGUAAGAAGAAGUCCAUGCUGCCUCGCGAGGGUCCGGUGACGGCCCACGCCCUGCCCACAGGAAGCGAUGCGCUGAUCCUCGCCCACCUCGCAGCCGGGGGCCAGCACCACGCAGCGGACCCCUAUGACCUCUCGAAUGACGAAGACGAUCAUACUAACAAAGACGGGAACAAAUCCUACAGGUGUCGGAUGUGUGCGGUGACCUUCUUCAGCAAGUCGGACAUGCAGAUCCACGCCAAGUCUCACACCGAGGCCAAGCCCCACAAGUGCCCCCACUGCUCCAAAUCCUUCGCCAACUCCAGCUACCUGGCGCAGCACAUCCGCAUCCACACAGGGGCCAAGCCCUACACCUGCUCUUACUGCCAGAAGACCUUCCGGCAGCUCAGUCACUUACAGCAGCACACACGAAACCACACCGAGAGCAAGCCCCACAAGUGCCCCCACUGCACCAAAUCCUUCGCCAACUCCAGCUACCUGGCGCAGCACAUCCGCAUCCACACAGGGGCCAAGCCCUACACCUGCAACUACUGCCAGAACUCGUUCAGGCAGCUCAGUCACUUACAGCAGCACCACAGGAUCCACACAGGUGACCGGCCGUACAAGUGUGUCCACCCGGGCUGUGAGAAGGCCUUCACUCAACUCUCCAACCUGCAGUCGCACCGUCGGCAGCACAACAAGGACAAGCCCUUCAAGUGCCACAACUGCAACCGCGGCUACACGGACGCGGCCAGCCUGGAGGUGCACCUGUCCACGCACACCGUCAAGCACGCCAAGCUCUACUCCUGCGGCCUCUGCAAUCGUGCAUACACCUCGGAGACCUACCUGAUGAAGCACAUGCGUAAACACAACCCUGACCCCCUGACGGUAGCGGCUGCGGUGGCGGCGCAGCAGGCGGGGGGCCAGAUGCCCGGCACUGGGAGGGGUCGAGGGCGCGGACGAGGGGGGGGUGGUCCAGGAGGAGGAGGAGGCAGUGGAGGCCAGCCACCCAACGCGGCCAACUCCAACCCCCCCAGCGGCUACCCAGCGGCACCACCGGGCGCCGGGGGAGGGGGCGGAGGAGGGGAGGGUGUGCCGCCGCCGUGCCCCUUCGACCUGCACCAGUACAAGACGGUGUCGGCCGGCGAGAUCCAGUACAAGCCGGUCAGCGUGGCCGAGCUGUCCGCCGCACACAAGGACCUCUGCCUGACCGUGUCCACCUCCGCCAUCCAGGUGGAGCACAUGAACUCCUAAAAUAGACUGGGGGAGGGGAAGGGAGGGGUGGGGGAACCGAGGGAGGGAAGGAGGGAUGGGAGGAGGAGUAGAACGAUGUAUGGAUGUAUUUGGCUGGAAAGACUGUAAAAAAUGAGAGGUGGAGGGGGAAAAUUACAAACUACACUGCCUUGUGCUGAAUGGAGAGCAGACUGGACCGGAGCCCAAAAGAUAUAUAUGUGGACAGAUCAUGCUGGGGAGGAGGAGGAGGAUGGCCAGAAGAGAGAGCAGAGGAAGAGGAGCGGGCACAGAGCAACAAAGCUAGCUGCGAGGGUGGGGUUGGGGACCAGGGUGGGGAGGGGUAGGUGGGAUUGGGAGACGACGCUGGUGGCACUUACAGAACUUUUUCAUUAUCCAUUUUUUUGUUUGUUUCCUUUUUCCUGUUUCUCGUCACCUUUAUUAUUAUUGUUAAGUCAUUUAUCUAUCAUAUGUGUGUAUUUUUCUAUGGUCUGACGUGUGGAAGAGAAUGAGCAAUGCCUUUGUGUGUACGAAUGUGCGUUUGUGUGUGUGUGUGUGAGAGUGUGUAUGUGCUUCUGAGACGGACGUUCAGCAAAGAGUAUGGAACAUGGAGAGAGCAAUGGCUGUGUGGUGGAAUGUAUGGCAACAUCCGGACAGAGCAUUACUAUAUCUUCUUUUUUUCAAAGAAAGAAAGAAAAAAAGUGGCUUAUCAUUUCAUUGUUCUUCCCAACGUGACAAAGUCGCAAGGGUCGAAGCGGAAAAGGACAGAGAGGUUAUUAUAUGCUAACGGUGGUUUUUUGCCGCAAGGUACUAUUUACUAGUUUAUUUUUUACUUUUUAAUACCAACUUAUUACGUUACAUCAUUAUUGUUAUGCAAGUAACAUCAUUUAUCCUUUUCAGUUCGCCAUUACUGUAACCUUGUACAUAUACCGCAUAGAAACGACAUUUAAAAAAAAGUUUUGUUUUCUUUCACUCAAAAAGGGAAGGACUGUCUUUCUGCCUCUGUAUAACAGACCGUCGAAAAAAGAAGAAAAAAAAAGUUAACGAAACAAGAAAAUGACAUUAGUAAUAAUAACCAAAUACAGAACCGCAUUUCUCUCCCCAGCCAAUCAGAUACCUCCUCACUGCCCGAUUGUCGAGCGAGCAUAGCACUGAUUGGUUGGUUUUCUUCAUGUAUAAUCCUUGUUGUAAUUUCAUUAUGUGUCUUUUGGAAUAACACAGUUCUCAAUAUUCUUCUUAUUAAUGUUAUUACUGUUGCUCUACUAUGACUAUUAACGACUCCUCUGCUGAAUUUGCUGUAUAGACCACACACAUCAUUAAAAAGGAAAUGGAAAAACAA